UUUAGCUACGGCGCUGAAGACCUGGCUCCCAACACCGCCAACAUCCAGAUGACCUUCCUCCGCCUCCUGUCCACCGAGGGCUCCCAGAACGUCACCUACCACUGCAAGAACAGCAUCGCCUACAUGGACGAGGAGACGGGCCACCUGAAGAAAGCCAUCCUCAUCCAGGGCUCCAACGACGAGGACACCAGCCGCUUCACCUACAGCGUCCUGGAGGACGGCUGCAUGAAACACACUGGCAAGUGGGGGAGGACAGUCAUCGAGUACCGGUCGCAGAAGACCUCGCGCCUGCCCAUCGUGGAUAUUGCACCUAUGGACAUUG